AUGGAGAUUCAGACAACAACCCCAGAUCGACUAUCGACGGCAGAAUCAGCGGAUUACACGCCUUCUACUGAAAUGCCUGACAUCACGACUUCAUCAACGUCUUCAGCAACCCCAGAUCGUCUAUCGACGGCAGAAUCAACGUAUCAAACGUCUUCUACUGAAACGUCUAAAAUCAGACCUUCAUCAACGUCUUCAACAACUCCAGAUCGACCAUCGACUACUGAAUCAGUGGAUUACACGUCUUCUACUGAAAUGCCUGAUAUCAUGACUUCAUCAACAUCAGGAACAUCCGGUACGACGAUGACAACGGCACAAUCUACUAGUCAUACGCUAUAUGAAGAUUCUACGACAAUGGAGAUUCAGACGUCAACAACUUCAACUGAGUCUUCUUUCGAAUCCACUACGACAUUUUCAACGAGCACAACGUCACCUCCUUCAAUGAAGACUGCAGAAGUUAGUACUACAAAUACUAAAAGGGAGCCAACAUCUACUCAAGCAUCGCAAUUAUCCACAACAACUACAACGAAUACGACGAUGAGUGUGAAUCCCAUUGAGAUUCAAACGGAAUUCACAAGUCAUACAAGUGCGACGACAUCGAAAUCAGAAGUAACGAAGACUACAGUUCCAAUCAAUUGGAUAUUAACAAAUCAUUCAACUACUAUUGGAAGUACUACAAGAAGCCCAACAAAUCCCACAACAGCAUCGAAUGAACGAGGAACAACAGAAUCUCAGUUGGAAAUCACAUCGAAUGGCAUCACGUCUUCAACCACUCGGACAACACAAACUACGAAACAUGCAUCGAUUAUCACUAAUAGUAUUCCGAUGGAUAAAACGAAAACAUCUGAAUCGAUUGCUAAAAUGACGACAGAGACACCAAUCGAUAUACAUCAGCAUUUGAUCAAUAGAACAACUAGGCAGUCGACUGAUUCUUCAACGGCAAUAACCACGUCGAUUGCGACGACUACUCCUGAUCCUAGAUGCCAAAUCGACUGCCCCUCUGGCUACCUUCAAGGCACUCGCGAUUGUUUCUUUUUUGCGCCGAAAGAGCUAUCGAUCUCAUAUCAAUCGGCCAUUUCGUAUUGUCGAAUCCAGCCGCACAGCGAUCUGAUUUAUAUCGACCGACUGCGUGAUAUUAAUAAUAUUCACAUUUUACAGCAGUACAGUGUGGUCAAUGAUCUGAAUUGGUUUUAUGCGAAUGGCGGUGGUUCGAAAGCCGAGCGAACUGACCGAAGCAUUGCAAUCUUCGAUGUUUUUCAAAUGUUUCAAUCGUCGACAAAUAUUGUGAGAACCGUUGGCGUUUCUGAGAAAUUCUCGAAUAUUUCGGCUGUAUGUGUCCAGCCAAGAUUUUGUGAUCCGCCACUCUGUAAUCUUGGAUUAAUCAUCGAAAUUGAAGAAUUGGAUGAUAAAUUGAUUCCAGCGAAAAAACUCAUUUCAAGCAAAGAGUCAACAACAGUUACAUGUAAAUACACAAUGGAGAAGACGACGGUGAGUUGCGGAACUCGUGGAGCAUUAAUACCUCAUCCAACUCAAAUUACUUGCGAGCCUCAAACCGAUGAGCUGCUGAUCGGUGAUAAUACUGGAGACGCUGUCGCUUCGUGCUCAAUGUGCUUCGGAAGGGGCACAUCGGAGUGUAUUCCUCUGAACAAAACCGAUCCGGCUACUAUGUAUCAAUGCAAGUGCAAAGAAGAUUAUACGCUGAGAACUUGCUGGUAUACGAAAAAGCUGUGUCGUCCUGAUUCGUGCGGCGAACGCGGAACAUGCGUCGAAACGAACGGCAAUAUAAAAUGCGAGUGCGAAUGGGGAUACCAGGGAAGUCGUUGCGAUGAUCCGAGAGAUCCGGCCGAGAAGAAACCCAAUGCCGAAUUCCUCACGCGACUUUGGGAUUCUGUAGAUGGAACAUUUAUGAAUGGCGUUCAACUAACUCUCGGCACUGUUUUUACAAUGAGCGCCAAAAUACUUGGCAAAGUGGUAAUAUCAAAUGAUGAAGACGAUCCGCAAGAGACCCAUCAAUCCUUGCGAGCAAUACUUCAGACCAUCGCCACAACCAGCGCGAUGCUUUUCCACAACCCGUAUUUGUUCAUGAUCCCAACGGCGACAUGCCGAACCUAUUUUCUCAUUAUUCACUUUUUGUUCAUAUACACAUUAACUCAGUGGAUGUUCGAGGGCUUCAAUGCCAACCAGGUUCUGCGUUGUCGUCAUAUAAACGAGUGGGAGAUCGGCUAUGACGGCCGCCGCGAUAUCGGCAUCAUGGCCGUUCCACGACUUGUAAUCUCGUGCAUCAUUGUGCUCACCGUGCUCAUCUCGAUCUAUCAAGGCGGCUGGUAUCAGCUCGUUUCGAGUUGGACAUGCAUCGGCGUCAUCUGCAAGUCGACAUCGUCCAUGUGGAUUCCGAUACUGUUCACAAUAAUGUGCCUACUCUUGAUGGCCACUGCGGUGUUCGAGAACAGUGUUCGGAUCAUCUUUCGCCGUCCACUUCUGGAUCUCGCGAUUCGACAGAGAAUCGAGCUGGAAGAAGGAAUCAUUCGUGGGCAGAACAUCGAGAAAUGUCGCCGCAAUCCUGUGUAUUGUUUCGUCGGAAUCAUGCUUCUCGCAGCUACUUGGAUCCUCACGAUAUUGUCAUCCGAUAAGGAUGACAAUAAACUAUUGGGGCUUAUCGCAAUUCUGUUUACUGGAAUCUACACAUUGUUCUCGUGUAUUCAAGGCCUCGUCACGUGUCCAUCUACAUAUUCCACAGUGAUUCAUUUUCUGAUGCGCAAACUUCCGGAAAGAAUCGCGCCGAACUACGAGGAGAUGAAGAUGUGGACGAGAGAUGAAAUUAAAGAAGUCUACAAGUUGCCGAAAGAAGAGCGAAAGAAAAUGAUUGAGGAGCACCUUCCACGCAAUGCUAGACGAUAUCUUCAAUACAAAUGGGAUCAUCAGUUGGCGAAGAAAUUGACGAAUGAGACAAUCAGUAUAGAUGAGGCGAUCAUUCAGAUUCUAAGGGAGCAGAUCGAUAAAAUCGAGGAGAACGAUGGAAGCGAAUACCAAAGAGAGCAAAUUUUGGAGACAUUUGUCGAUUGGGCAAACAAAGAAGAUGUUCACAAUUUCGAUCGGCAACUAGCCGCGAUUCAUGCGAGCCAUGAAACUGUUCAAGUUUGCGGAGUGAAUAAUGAUGGAACCACAGUAACCAACUCGUUUUUCAUCAAUCCGCAUUUCGGAAAAUUCGAACCGAUUGUUGGAGAGGCGCUCACGAACCCCGAACACUUGGAUAUCGAAGAACUUGAAAAUAAAGAGUACGAGAAGCAUCGAAGGAAUACGAAUGUUGUGAAGGUUGGUGUCCGCAGCACAUCGCAUUAUCAAAUAAUUCGAAGCGAAUGCGAAGCGCAAUCGAAUUUCAUUCGAUCGGCCAUCCAUUUUAAGUAA